ACCCCUGGCAUCUCUCUCUCUCUCUCUCUGUUUUUCCCUUGCAGCCAGCACUGACUCAAAGAGCACAGAGUGAAACCACAGCCUCUCUCCCUGCAGCCUCUGAUAUUGGCACGCAGCUCGAAUCUGACAGCAGACUGCUCCUUCCAGCCCUCCCCACCCCCCCACCCCUCUCAGUACUGAGUCUGUCGACACUUUGGAUAUCGGGUCUGUUUUUAGUUCACUCUGCCUCUCUGUGCAUGAGCCAUCACACUCGCAUUAUUCCUGGGGCUUGUUGGAAAAUAAAUUUCAACUUGCUAAAUGGCUGACUCUCCGCUAAAUAACUCCUGGCCCUCUUUCUCAAAGUUCUGGAUGAAGCGAUGGUCAUUUAAGAAAGAAUGCAAGCAAUGCUCACAGGAGUUUCCCCGAGGGCAGGAGCGAUCUCUCCCAGCUUGCGUAAACAUCGAUAACCGGUCCAACUCACUGAGUGAGGUGGAGGAGAUGUACUUCAACAGGAUGGCUGAGGGCAAGGAUGACCCUUUCCUGGAUUAUGAUGACUCUGCAACAGAUGCCACCAGCAGUACAGAGGAUAUUCCCUCCUUGGAUUCGUCAGUGCAAUUAAGUUCAAUGACUCUCAGGGAUCCUAGACUUUCCCGGUGUCCAGUAACCAGUAGUUCGGAAGAUGUUACCAGGGUAGACACUGUUUCAGGUUGCCCAGGGCAACUCGGCAAAGUUAGAAAAAAUAAUGUUGUCACUCAGCUUACAGACUGCUGUCCUUCACAUGAAACCAUGGAAAAUAAGAAUCCUUCCCUGCUUCUGAAAACCAGUGGGUGUGGUUUGACGGAGGGAGAUGGAGUGGAUCAGAAUAACAGUGCAUCUGAUCUUGAGAAUCUAUCAGAUGGCGAAGAUCAGGAUUCGUUACCUUUGCUAAUCAGGUCCAUGUCCUGCUCCAGGAGGCACAGCUGGGAAGGCCCUUUAUCCCCUACAGCACUUGGAGACGUGAGGAGAAGGCUCAGCCUCGAUGUGCUCGGGAUUGACAGUGACGGAGAAGGUGAACGAGAGGAUGAAGACCAGUUGGACCAGUCGGGCUACGAAUUAACUGAACCACUCAACGCCAACCCAGUCAGUGGAGAAAGUGAUAGGCAGGCACCUCGGGGUCAGGGGCAAGCCAAUUCGAGCAUGUCGGAGGAUGAAAUAACUGAGCAGGUGAAAGAGGGUACGAAGAUGCGACCACGAUUAGAGACGUAUCUGUCCAAGGGAGCUGAGGGCCGUUCUUUAGCCCAAUGCAGAGAGUCUGAGCCUGAAACGUCUCUGGAGAUUCAUGAGGAGAAGGAAAAUUUGGAGCCCAACCAUUUGCUGGUUCAACAAGUGCUGCAAGAACUGAAGGCCUUUCAUGGACACUGCAACGGUUCAGCAACCAGUGCAAGAACAGGAUCAGGAUCGGGUGCACUGUCUGGUUCAAACUCCCCCCAUGAUCUGACGUGGAUGGAAUUUCUCGCAGAAAAGGAGGGUGACGGCAAAAGUGAAAGACCCGAGAAAGAAACAAAAGUGAAAAGAACGUUAAGUUCCCUGAAGAACAGGGUGACCGGCUCCUUUAAGGAUAAGGCUAAGACCAAAGAGAAAGAAAAGGAGAGUCCCAAAGAAAAGAGGAAGUGUAACAACGGCCACUGCUUAGUGCCGGGAUCCUUCUCCAGCUCCACCAGCUGUACUCUGUGCAGCAAACCACUGAGUGGUAAAACCAGUUAUCAGUGUAUGAAUUGUGCAGUGAAUGUACACAAGAAUUGUCGGAUGCUUCUAGCUGAAUGUACCACUCCUAAGAGCAAGCAAAAGGAUUCCCAGCAGAAGUAUUCUGGAAAUCCACAGAACACUGCCCAGCCUGCGCCUUUAGUGAAGGAACAGCCCCGGUGCUUACCGCUGGCCACUGAUGGCACGUCUGGAGCUGUGCGGAGUAUCGGCAUGACCGUUCCACCAAGGAGACCUUCCCAACCGUCUUCAGCCAGUGUUACUAGCUACACCAAUCACGGAAUAACUGCAGGGGAGAUGGAGCAGGAAGUGGAGAAUGGAAUGCCUAAAACCAAGACUUCUGCUGAGGAAACCCAGGGUCUAAUUUCGUCAUCCAUUGAGUCACUUGUGGCAGAAGACACCAUUUAUGCCUCUCUAAAGGCAGAGUUGGAGGCAGAUGGCCAAGAUUUUGAGGCUGAAUCGUGGAGCCUUGCAGUGGACCAGGCAUACGCAAAGAAACAGAGCAAAGAAGUCAUCAAAAGACAGGAUGUCAUUUAUGAACUAAUGCAGACAGAGAUGCACCAUCUCCGAACUCUGAAAAUCAUGCUGCACGUGUACAAUCGGGGAAUGAAGGAGGAGCUCCAGCCCAGCGACAGACACCUUGUUGGCAAAAUCUUUCCCUGUUUACACCAGCUGCUGGAAAUCCACGGAGUUUUCUUUUCCAGGCUGAAGGAGCGGCGGAAAGACUCCUUGGAGGAAGGGAGUGACCGGAAUUACCUCAUCCAGAAAAUUGGUGAUGUUCUCUCUCAACAGUUUUCAGGUGAAUAUGGAGAGGAAAUGAAGGUGCAGUAUGGGAAUUUCUGCGGUCAGCACAACGAGGCAGUGAAUUAUUACAAGGAGAUGUACCAGCAGAGCAAGAAGUUCCAAAAUCUAAUCAAGAAAUUAAGUAAUUACGCUGUGGUGAGGCGGCUUGGAGUGCAGGAAUGUAUUUUACUGGUUACCCAACGUAUAACUAAGUACCCUGUCCUGGUGGAAAGGAUUAUUCAGAAUACUGAAGCUGGUUCAGAGGAUCAUGACGAAUUGACCAAGGCCUUGCUCCUGAUAAAGGACACAAUAUCAGAUGUGGAUGAGAGGGUAAGCGUAUGUGAGAAAGCUCGGCGUCUGAAGGAGAUUGCAAAUCGAAUGGAACCCAAGUCAAUAGCCAAGCUCAAGAAUGGUGAUGCCUUCCGUAAGGUAGACAUGCUGAGGUCGAAGAGGAGACUUCUGUAUGAAGGAGUGGUCUGUUGGAAGGCUGCAUCUGGACGGCUAAAAGAUAUUCUGGCCCUCGUUUUGACAGAUGUGAUUCUGCUACUUCAGGAAAAGGAUCAGAAGUACUCAUUUGCUACAGUGGACCAGAAGCCAGCUGGCAUUUCGUUGCAAAAGCUCAUCGUCAGGGAAGUAGCCAAUGAAGAAAAAGGAAUGUUCCUCAUCAGUGCCUCUGAUGAAGGUCCUGAGAUGUACGAGAUCCACACCAACUCCAAGGAGGAGCGUAAUACUUGGAUGGCAGUUAUCCGGGAUGCGAUAAACAGAUUCCCGAUAGAGGAGGCAGCCCUGAACGAAGAUCAGCAGCAGGAUGAGAAAAAAGCAGCUCAAAUCAAAGAGCUCCAACAACGUCUGGGUGGAAAGGAUGAGGAACUGAAGCGCACCCUGAGUGAGAAGCUGGAAAUCUUCAGUGAAAUAGCGGAAAUCCAUGGGUAUACGGACACAGGAAGACCACGUCUGCUGCUUCGAGCUGAUGCUCUGGAGUCUCAGCGAGAUUCCACGCUCAAUGAUGCACUGAAAGAAGUCGAAAACCUUCAGAAUUUGAUUGCUGCUCAGCCCAUCAAUGUCAGCUGGCAAUUGGAUGACACCUUAGGCUCCUCAGCAUUGCCACGGCGAGCAGAGACUUUCGGAGGCUAUGACAGCAGUUCUGCCAAUCCCAGUAAAGAUGGUUCCAUCAAAAGAAAGUCAAAUACACUCUCUUCCAGCAGCGAGUUGAAGGUGAAGGAGAAAGCUGGAUCUCGGGCAAGUUCCGAACCACAGCUGCAGGACGUGUGCAGUGACGGUGAAAGUGGACGGGCGAGUGAUCUACCCAGGUGGUACACCAUUAGUACCUGCAGUUUUCUGCACGAUGCAGAGUUUGUACAGAGUGUGCAGACGCUGACAUCACAGCUGUACAAAUUGAAGGUUCUGAUUGCCCAGUGUGACAGCUACAUCGAGACACAGCGGUACACAGGUGCAAGUGGAGAGCGGGAUAGGCAGUCCCGUCUUCUGGCCUCACGUGGGAGCUUACUUCUGGAGCAGGAGAAGCAGCGGAAUGUUGAGAAGCAGCGUGAGGAGUGGGCCAACGUCCAGAAGCUGCAGAACCAGGUGCGGCAGGAGCAGCAGAAAUGGGAGCGCGAUCGGGAGCGCCAGAAGCGUGAGCUGGAUAUUCAGGAGGCUCGGCUCCAGGACCACGAGAAGUCCCUGCAGCAGCUGAUGGAACGGUUAGCUCAGGAUAAGGAAGAAUUGGAACGACACCGGCAGGAAUACCAGCAGGACCUGGAACGUCUCCGAGAGUCCCAGCGGACGGUGGAAAAGGACAGGGAGCGCCUGGAGCAGCGUCAGCGGAAGCAAUUGAAGCACAACACAGUCCUGUUUCCGACAGAAACUGGGCAGAUCCCAGGCUUUCCUCACAUGGAUGGCGACCGAAUGGAAGUGAACCCCAUGCUGUUAAAUGAAGGAGGCAUGGCUCAACAAAGCCUGAAGUACCAGGGCCAGCAGAGUAUGGUGGUGGAACUUGGUGAGCGGCCUGCUGACUCUCAGCUCCAAAGGGAAAACAGCACUGCCUCGAUGUUUGCGAGAACUGAGAAUAGAUCUUCCCUUAUCCCAAAGACAGAGGUACCCAUCCACCUUGUGAGCGCCACCAAUCAGAUUCUGAAACACACAGGCGUGCAGCAGAAAAUUCCCACCAAACUUGCCACCUUGAAAGGGGGAAAGGAGAAGAGUGGGAAAGGAAAGGAUCGACAGUCCUCUGUUUCAGGCACAGCCUCUUUCUCAACUCCACAUGGCACAGAAUCCUCCGUCCCUGUGGAUAUUCAGCACGAGCCGCAGCAAGCGUUAAGCACAUCAUUGACAAGUGGAAAUCCUCAGCCCCAGAGUGCACCAGUCGCGACAGUGACUCAACAGCCAGCACCACAGAGAGUGCAGGACGAAUCUGGCACUGAGAUCAUUUUCUUCUGAAACAGACUGACAGCAGAAGAAAAUCCAGACUUAGCAAGCCCAGAAAAUCCCACAAUAACAAAUGGGGAGGGAGGGAGAGGGAGCUAGUUGGCACUGGUGAUGGAAACAGGGACUGUUUGAAACAUUGCCAGUAAUCUCCCAGACAAGUGUACUUGAACUGUGCUUGAAACUGAGGGGGCCCAGUGUCUGACCAGAAGCUGAUCAUCUGGCACAUCCUUACCAGCAACAACUUGUCUUUACCUCUGUUAUUUCUGGGAGGGAGGGUCUCUUUUUUUUUUUAAAAGAAACCAUUAUGACUACGUUGCACAUGUCUUUUGACCUGUUAUCAGGAGAUUCGGUCUGGAGGCUAUUGCCACUCAUGUUUGAAAGUGUGCGCAGUAAUUCAAGGCGUUUUUGCCAGUGCGAGUCAUGCUUGGACACUCAGCGAGAUGUGGAGGGAGCUGUGGAUGAUGAAUAUCUGGUGUAGUAACUGUGGACUGCUCUCACUUCACUUCCCCUCCCCUCCCCCUAACCGAAAUAGCCAAUGCAAUAGAUGCAACUUUUCCAGCAGUAGAACUGCCGAACAGAAACCCCUUUACGUGUGUCAGGAAUUGGGAACAUCUUUAGGGCAGUGAUGUUUGUUUUUAAAUAAUUCCGUGACUUUUUAAAAAAAAAUGUUUUUAAUUCAUCCAAUUGGGGAAUGUGUUACACUGCAGUGAUAUGCAGUGCGUCUUGGCUGGAAAACAGUCUCCAGACUAAACUUAUGUACUAUCUCCUGAAUUUUUGAUGGAUGAUUAAGGUGCAAAGGGGGUUGAGGCAGAAGACAGCAAGAAGUUUGGAUUUGGACAAAAACUUAACUGGGCAUUUCAAAAUGUUAUCACAGUUCUAUUAAAAUCACUGGUCUUUUCUGUAAUGAUACACUCGCUUUUAUUGGUUAAUGGUAUUUGUGGGGGCCGGGGAGUGCAGUUAUAUUGAGCAAUUAUUUCAUAAUAUGACCUUUUGUAGCCUGAGCAAAGCUAGAUGAUGAGAUUCUUCAAAUUGGCCAGGUUUUUGCCAUGGAUCAAAGAGAAUAUUGUGGAGAUUUAUUUGGUGGUUUUAUUCCAGUGUAGGGAGUGGAAAGGUUGACUCUAUUCUGGAUCACAAUUCUAUAGACUGAUUUAGGUGGAGUAUAUUUUAAAUUCUUAUUUCAUUAUGUUGAAGCUUUGUCAAACCAACCAACAAUGUCCAAACCCCAGAAAUGAUUGAUUUUCUUUUUCUUUUAUUAUUGUUUGGAUUUCUCUCACUUAGUUUUGAGGUUGCAAUGUUGACAUGAGUCACUCACUGGCUUUUGUGAUAGAGAUCAGAAGCUGUGACAGAAACAACAGGUCCUGUUCAGCCCUUGGGUGUGAAGGUUUUGACGUGAGAUAAUGGCUAAGUGUAUCAGCAACAGGAAAUGCUUUUGCCUUUAUUGCUAGCGUCCAAAGCCAAAAGGUUUAUGAAGCAUCUGUGCAUGGGAACAUGAGGUGGUCACCAUGGUGACUCUCCAGAUCAGGCCCUGAACAAGUCAUCAACAGUUGACUGUUUUCUACCAGGACAAUGAGAUUUGUAAAGUGAGCAGUAACUUCAGUUUGAGUUUGCAGCUUCUCGCUUGCCAAAAUUAUCCUUCGCCCCGAAGCAGGGAGUCUCUUUGUGACUGCCAUAAUGGAAAAGAAAUCAAGGGGCAAAGUAAGAAUGAUUGGAGGUAUUGCAGAAAUGAAAAGCAAGCAGCACAGAUAGUAAAAGCAAUGGCUCAGGAACCCAAACCAAUUCAAACCUCUUGUUCAGUUUUCAUGUGCAGUGUUGUUAUGUGGGAAGAGCAUAGUUAAACAUUUUUGGACAAAGGUCAUUUAGCCGACUAAACUUUAUCUUUCAGAACUGUGCGCAUUCUGGGCUGUCUGUGUAGUUUACAGGUUCCAUUUUGUUCUGUUGCUGGUCCUUCCUGUCCUGAAACCCUUCUCUCUUCCUAUGGUUAUGGUAUCACUAGCACCUCAGUAAAGUAGCCAUUCUCCAUGUGAAGCCCAAAUUGAAUGUGGCAGGAGACUAUCGUGCUAUAGAUCCUGUCUUCAGUCCUUGUACUGUCCAACAGAGGUCACUAGAGGAGGAAAACUUUCUUUAAUCCUUUUAAAAUUAAGGAACACCAAGGUAACUUUGUAAUGCCCUCCUUUUCUAACUGGCUCGGUCUCCAUACAAACCUGACAAUUACAUCUCACUUUCACUGAACAGUCUAGCUUAUACAAUAGGACCUCUUUAGCAGUAGUCUAUUCAGCAGAGGAUACAAAAGGGUUUUGUUUAAUGGUGUCAAAUGCAAAUUAAAGGGCACAAACCAAAUUUACUGAAGUUAACUUUUGUUUGUACAUCUAUUUAUAAUAGAUGUACCUUGUACAAAUGUACACCUUCCUUUUAACACAAGUAAAACAGCCUGUUACACUCACCCCAAGAUAUGGGGUGUGUAUUAGGAACAAUGCACUUUACCAGUUUAUUCCUAUGAGAUUUAAGGGACUUUUGUUGGUUGCAUUGACAUUAACCAGUGAAGGACUAUUGAAGUCAGCAAGCCAAGGCUAUUUUAAGAUUGUUUCCUCUGAGAAAAUUAUGCAAAAGGAAGUACUGAGUAUUUCUCAAAUCAGUGCUGAAUUGUUGAUUAAGGUUUGCAGGUGCUUUAGGAGGAAAUAACUUCUACUUCCAUAUAUUUAAUGCAACAAACCAAACAAGUCAGCAUUGAUCCUGAAGGAUCUAGGUUGCAACAUAGUUGUUAUCAGGACUGGUUCAAACCCUUGAGCUGGAGCUUCGGAGUGGGUGAUGUAAACUACUAAAUCUACAUAAAAGUUCUUGUGCAGAAUGUAUGCUUGAGGUGUUCAUACUGAGAGCAGGAAAGCACCUUCCAGUUUCUGCUAAAAGGAACGUGAAGGCGUUGAAAUUUGCUGGCAAAGUGAGCCUGACGGAGUGAUAGGAUCCAAUGGGUAUAUGUCAGAUUUAAUUUGAUGUCUCCCUCCCCGCACCCCCACUCCCAGGUGUCUCCUCCUCUCUUUCCCACCCUACCCCUUGAUCCCUCGAUCUUAAAACUCAACUCGCAUGGUCAUAUCAAUGAGCUCAAACUUUUAAUUUGGGGAGAGUCUGAGACCACAUAACCGCUUAUUCUCAAAAUGGUUUGGGUUAUUCCUGAUCUGGUCUGAUCUCAAAGUUAUUGUAGACAGGUCAAACCACUUUUCAAGAUAUUGAGAAGAGAGUUAACCACUAUAAAUACCUUAAACUUUUCACUUUUGAGUGGGGUCUUCCGAUUUGCACUGGAACAUAAUUUCUUUGUCCAAUUUGUUUAUAGCUGGUUAUUCUGUACGAAACAUGUAGUAGUUAACUUUUUUUAAGGUCAUGGAGCACUUUAAUGCACUCUGUCUAAAUUGUUAUAUACUUGGUGACUGAGGAUUAAGAAAUGGAAAUCAUGAAAAAGGCACCUCAAACAUUCCACUAAUGGAUGCAGUCAUGUGACUAUCGUCCGUUCACUGGAACACACCUCUGUAUUAAUGGAUCUUUGCAAUACUCAUUAUUACCUGCAAGGCUGAGGGUUCAGUCUUGUUUAGUAUUUCAUGUCUUGUCACUAGGGACUCGAGUCUCCAUUCUAAGACACAAAAAUCGGUGCCAAUUGAACCUUGCAAAAGAUUUAGUGACUAUGCUGAGGGAAAGGAUGUACUAGGUGGGUUGGGAGAGACAGUGGUGGGAUGGAUAGCAUCUUGUAGCAGGAGUAUGUAGGGAAAGGGAGUGAGAUUGCAGAUUGGGUUUCAAUGAAAUUUGUCUCUGUUCUGAAAUCCUUUUGAGCACCCUUACUGUACAUGCCAGGAGAUCUUGGAGUGAAUCACACUUAGGAUUUUACUAACAUCUAGAUGCAGUGGUUAAGCUGGGAGACUGGUUUACUCACUGAGAAAGCACGCUAUUUCCAGUUGAUUGCCUCGAUCACAUUGCUCUGUCAGUACCUUAUUUUCCAGGGAGAAGUUAAAGUAGGAAUAUUACACAGUCCUAAUGAAUUCAAACAUGGCUUUCCUUGUAAACAUAACAGUAUUUUUUUUCUCUCUCUUUAAAAGAAAUGUUGUAAAUUUGUCUAAAGAUAAAUUGAUUUGUUUUUAUCAAUUUUUUAUCAAUGUUCCCAGCUGCACAUCUUUUAAAUCAAAAUCUGCUUUUGUGGCAGAAGAUCUAAUACUUUAGAGUUGCCAGCAAAAAAUUCACUUGUCUCGGUCCUCAAACCUAUGACCCCCAUAUUCAGAGCCACCCAGAGAAGAUUCUAUGUCCAUGUCUUGCCUGGUCAGCUGUGCAAUGUAUAAGUUGCUUCAGAGGUCACUAGCUAUGCUGGGGUGGGUGAUGUGGUGGAAACUAGAGUUGUCACCCCUGACCACUGAGUGACUUCCAUUGAAAACCAGAGGCAGCUUGGGGACUAAUGCCCAGGCAACCUCCACUCUUUAAUCUGCCUCUCAAGUAUUGUUCCAGAAUGUUACAGUGGAAUCCUAUCCUCCUAGGAGCCAGGGCAGGCAGUGAGGGGGAAAAACACAACCUUUCAUAUGUAAAUGGCCGAGUAGAAUCUGGGAUAUCUCCAAAAGGACCAUGCAGAAAGUGAGAGACACCUUGAUAUCCCUGCAGUGCUUCAAAUAGAGAAAUAUUUCCAGCCUUCCAAGCGAGCCAACCAGCAAACUGACAGUAACUGGUCAGCCCAUCUGUACUGUGCUCUGUGUUAAUGCUAAAUCUGAGGAUGGCAAAACAGUUGUGAUAUCAGAGUUGAGUCAGUGUGACUUUAAGCCCUCUGUGCUUCCUGAUCACAAUGUGCAAGACAGGGAUUUUCCUGUUGUCUCUUGGUAUCUGGAGCUAGGAGGCAUGUGGAAGAAGGGCUCCUGCUGAUAUUGAUCAGAAACGCCUGUUGCAAAUGUGUGCUAUUGAAGAAUGCCCUUCAGUGACUGACCAGCCUGUUGGAGCAGUCUUGUCUUGAGCUUAUGCAUGAAGAAAGCUCACUUGGGAGAGACGUGACUAGGGUCGAGGUGGGUAUCCAGCUGUGAGACCACACAUUAGCGUCUUCAAAAUGUUGAGAGAAAAUUGACAGUGUGCGAGCUGUCUUUGUCAUGUCCACAAUGUUCCUCCUCAUCCUGUGCAGCUGCCCCUACCACCACCGUUAAUACAGUUAAAGACUCAGGUCCUGGACUGCUGUUUAUAGUGUAAAAUCAUCAGAUUCUGUUUAGACUACACCAUUUAAUGAAACGUUUAGGGGGGAGGGGUUGGGGGUUGAAGUAUUAUUGAUUUUGAUUAAUCAUGUUAGGCUGUAUAGAUUGUACAUAGUUUCACAUCUGUCCUGUCACUGACUGCCAGUAACUGUCGACAGGACCUUGUAGUUAAUUUUGUUAUAUGUUGUAAAAUUUAAAUGGGGAAAGAAAUUGAUAUUCUCAGAAUUGUGCACCUCUAAUGUCUUAUAAAGAAUUGUAAACAAGAUUGUAGCAUGUCGAACAAUUUGUUUUUAUGAUGGAUUAUUAUUCUUGGCAAAAUUAAAGAGCUGCCUAGAAUGGACCUGAUACCAGCAAUAAAGAAAAGUCCUUGUUUAUAUU